UUAAGGAACCAUGCUAAUGAGCGGGGGCUGGGGCUCAUUAACAUAAGGGGGGGGGCCAUGGACAAGAGGGCGGCCAUGGAGGUGGCCCGGGGCCUGAUCCGGCGCAGCAGCAGCAGCCUGAGAGAAGAGGAAGGGAAGAUGAGUAGCUCAGAAGAGGUCUCCUGGAUCUCCUGGUUCUGUGGCCUGCGGGGCAAUGAGUUCUUCUGCGAGGUGGAUGAGGACUACAUCCAGGACAAGUUCAACCUGACGGGGCUGAAUGAACAGGUCCCCCACUACCGCCAGGCUCUGGACAUGAUCCUGGAUUUGGAGCCAGAUGAAGAGCUGGAGGACAACCCCAACCAGAGUGACCUCAUUGAGCAGGCGGCUGAGAUGCUCUACGGCCUGAUCCAUGCCCGCUACAUCCUCACCAACCGUGGCAUCGCCCAGAUGCUUGAGAAGUACCAGCAGGGUGACUUUGGCUACUGCCCCCGUGUCUACUGUGAGAACCAGCCCAUGCUGCCCAUUGGGCUGUCAGACAUCCCUGGCGAGGCCAUGGUGAAGCUCUACUGCCCCAAGUGCAUGGAUGUCUACACACCCAAGUCCUCACGCCACCAUCACACGGAUGGCGCCUACUUCGGCACUGGCUUCCCCCACAUGCUCUUCAUGGUGCACCCCGAGUACCGGCCCAAGCGGCCGGCUAAUCAGUUCGUGCCUAGGCUGUAUGGCUUCAAGAUCCACCCCAUGGCUUACCAGCUGCAGCUGCAGGCUGCUAGCAACUUCAAGAGCCCUGUCAAGACCAUUCGCUGAGUCUCCGCCUGGACGCCUGGGUCCCUUACUUCCUCCCCUCCCCAGUAUUUCAUCUUGGAUCAGGGUCACCGGUUUGAUUUUGUUUCUCUUUCCUGGGGUCACCCCCACCCCUGGAGCCUGGCCACCUGCCUUCCUUUUCCCUUCCCUGAGAGCCUGACUCCUUUUAUUAGUUUGUCAGUUAAAUUAACUCACAUGUGCAGAAAAGAAAAAUUAAAUCUCACUCUGUGACGUUGGCGGGUU